AUUCCCCAUGAGACAAUCGAAACUCUUUUGCAGCCCUACUUCCGGUGCUUUUUCUUCCAAUGGAUCGACGGGCCGGACAAGUUUGACCCAAGAAUUCUGCUUUUCUACCCCGGCGUUGAUCAUUGCAAACGUGAGUUGUUUACUCGCUGGGUUCCGCCCCCCCCUAACCCUCCUCCUAUGACGGAGGAAGAGAAGGCCGUCGCCUCUGCACUUCGGCUCGAGGAUCCUCCGAAGUGUCAUUGCGGAGAACAAGCCGUGAUAAAUCCACAGAAUGAACUAGAGUUUGUUUGUCCUCUGCGGCGUGAAGAUCGUGGUUUUCGAAAGUGCCGUUUCAAGGAGUGGAUCUAUGGUCCAAAGAGCCAUUGGCCAGAGCCUGAGAAGCAGGAGGAGGUUGUAGAGUGGAAGAAGAAGCGGAGGUCUAUUGCGCCUCCCGUGAUGUGCAAAUGUGGUGUUGAAGCUAGCUACGGCCUAGUUCCUUCAGGUCUUGGGAUUGGCCACUUCUGUGGCCACAUGAUCGACUAUGAUGAGAGCACUCAGAAAUGCAAAUGGGAAUCAUCUGAUGAUGUGUUUAAGUUCAAAGAUGAAUAUAAGGCAAGAGUAGCAGUUCGCAAGACGAGAGGUUAUCCUGCAAACUACGUCACUGAUUUUGUGAAGGACCAUAAGAAGAAAAUGCUUGCAUUCGCCCAGGAGUUGCGUGUUCGUAACCCUGCGAGUAUUGCAUGGAAGAAGUGGUCCGAGGAGAGGGAAAAGGAGAUAGAGGAUUACCGUGCAAGCAAGGCUGAAGAGCAUGCAAGGAAGGCUGCGGAGGAGGCUGAGCGAGUUGAGAUGCAAUGCUUGAACGAUACUAUUGCCUCAUUAUGUGCUAAGAUUGGAUGCACCGGAAACUGGCAAGCAGAUGUGGGCCGUGCUAAGUACGCGGAGAAUAUGAUAUUAGGGCGGGACGGUGCAGUUGGUGGCACUGCUAGCCGUCCGAUUGUGGUCGAAGAGGAGGCCGAGGCGGAGGAAGACGACGACACCGGAAGGAUAGGCGACCUCAUUCGUCUUGCCGAGGAAUUGGGGUACCCUGAGGAGAAGCAUGACCAGAAGACAUCGGUCUACCACUCAUGGUGGCCAACAGACAUGACCGAGGAAGAGGGACAGUUAUACUCUCAGGCGGCAGAAGAGGCGGAGGCAGCUUACUACGAGAGACAGGCUAGUGAGGCCAAGGCAGCGGAGGCGAGCAUGGGUAAGGAGGCUGUAGUGGACGAUUGGGAGUCCGAGGACGAGUUGCUUACGCAGUGGUGCACGCAGUUUGAUUGAUGUGGUAAUGUAUGUGAGUGGCUUAGGGAU